UGGGGGGCUGGAUAUAUGUAUUUCUAAGCCAGUUGUGAAUAAAACCUACAAACGUGCGCACAGUUUUGCUUUAUUAAUCAGGAAGUCUGGGGUAAAGAUCCAUUCCGCCACGUAAUUCACCCGUUCAUCGUGCACUUCUUUCGUGUUGUCUGAAGGCCCUUGCACCCCCCCCCCCCCCCCAUUUUAGGUUAUCUAUAUACUUACCGCAUUUUGGGGGUCCAUGCACGAGCUGCAUGUCGGUGGCGUCCGCACCAUUUAUCCGCGCUGCUCUCCUGUUUGGUGUGUAGGCGGUAUUGGUUCUAAGAUCAAGGGCCCUCCAUUCUGCAGGUUUCUUCUAGUCGUCGGGCAAAAUCCUGCGACUGGAUACCUUGACCCUUUGAAGAUGAGACCCACCUUCAUAUCCGGAUUUUCCGACACUCUGGAUUGGAGGCCCCUGUACUUCCAAGAGUCCUCCGUUGCGAACAUUGUAUGCUCCCUGUGUGGCCUGGUUUCGAGAAAUGUUGUCAGAUUGCCCUGUGAGCACACACUCUGCUCGGAAUGUCACGAGGAGUCCCAGAGGCGAGGGAGCACUUGUCCACUGGAUGAAGAAUCCUUCGCCGACGAUAACAUUCUUCACCUUGAUAUCUCGGGAGGUUACAUCCUGAACCAUACGGUCGCCUGCGUCAAUGCACCCAAUGGUUGCGACUUCAUAGGUGAAGCUUCCAGACUCGUGGAUCACUACAAGCAGUGCUCGUUUCACGUCGUGCCUUGCCCCAGGUGCCAAUCACCAGUGCUAAGGAAUGAGCUCGUUGGUCACUGUAAAGACGGCUGCAGUUCUGCAUCCACUACACCCGUGCCCAUUCCGUAUUAUAUUAACGUGAAUUAUGAUCAUUUAGAAAUUACAAGCAGUGAACUGAAAAGAAAGAUGUUCAAGAUAUCCGAAAAUCUCUCUUUUCUUCAAACCAGCCUCAACCAGUGGCUUGAGGAAGUCCGAACAUUGGAGAACAACACAAGCAAGGAACUGAAGGACGCAACGCUGAAGAUCUCUGACCAUCUCUCCGAUUUGCACACCAGUGUGGAACAGUGCCGGGAAGAUGCGAGGGAAGCAGCCAGAAACAGCAAAGAGCAGUCGGAAGCUCAAUCCUCGAGACUUUCCGAGCAGUUGGUCAGAAUCGAAACUCAAGGGUUUGCUGCGGCAAACAAAGAACUAAAAGUUGCCAUUGAAGACACAAUGAAGACGCACAUGCAGGAGUUGCGUCCACAAUGCGAAGAACUUAUGAAUGUUACGAAGAGUGUAUCCGAUUGCGUGCUUGGAAUUUGCGGAGCCAAGGAAUUUCACUGGUACUUUAAAGGCUGGGAAGACUCCAAAAAUAAUUUAUUAGACGGAGGUGUACAAACAACUGACAGCCCCUUACAUUAUGUAUGUGGCUAUAAUGUGUGCAUCCGUAUUUGGUUGGAACGAUUUCCGUCUAACACGUAUUUAGGGAUGGGUAUGUGUAUCCAUCCAGGUGUCAACGAUUCAAAGCUGGAAUGGCCCUUCAGCAAGACUUACACGCUCGGCGUCAUUCAUCCCAAAGACAAAGGAAAAAGAAAGAUUGAUGUAACCGAUGCAAGUAAACAUUCGGACGAGGAGAGCUUCCAGAUGCCAAAACAAGGCGGUAAUGUUGGCUUUGGAUGCCCGACUUUGAGUACCGCUAGCGAGCUCGAAUGCGAAGGGUUUGUUAAUGACGAUUCACUUCACUGUUUUCUCCAAGUUGAGCCGUAAUGUUCUUUUCCGGUAGGUUAAUAAUUUAUUAUCGAGAGGAGCAAAAAAUGUUGUGCUACCUGGAAAAAACCGCUUACUUGAUCCCAUUGAAUAUAAAACAGAUAGAACGACUCUUCCUCCUCGUUCUUAAAAAAAAAAAAGAAAAAAAAAACGCGUUUUGAGGACAUGACACACCCCUUUUGGUGUAUUUGCCUGCAGGAAACAGGAAUUUCGUCUGUGCGCACUGUAACUAGCACUGAUCAUCUCAUUGAAGCCACGAGUAUAAUAUAAAAGAUAGGACUUCUCUUCACGACAGGCUGCCACAGUAAGCUGGCAUCUGAGCGAAGCCCCAGCGUGUAUAUUAUUGCAUAUUGUAUAUUAACAAAAAACUCUGCUCAAUUUUAGAUUUUUUUUUUUAAAUAUGUAUGCACUUUCCUUAGUGAGGGCGAGGGAUACCGCAACUGCCAUAUCAGGAUGUAACUCUCUCUAAAUCUGUAUUAAACUUGUCAAAAAUCUAUGGCAUGCACCAAUUCAA